CUCACUCUCGAGGAUCAUUUUUUUUUCACUUCCUAAAUGUAUCCCAAACAAUUUAAUUUACACGAUUACCCCUCUAAUGCCAUAAAGACCAUGAGGAACAAGGACCAAAAUGUGGAGAUCAAGAACAUGAUCGUUGAGAGAGAACGAGAAGACGAAGAUGAAGAAGACAAGAAGAUCGAUACAUUCUUUAAGCUUAUCAAAACUUAUCAGGAAGCUCGGAAACGAAGACGAGAAGAGUUAACUGAGAAUUCCGGCGACGCGAGGAAGAAAUCCAACGGUGGAGAGAGGUCCGGUGUCGUUGUUCCGGCGUUUCAGCUGGAGGAUUUCUCUCAGUGUCGUACGGACUUGAAGCCAUUGAUGGCUGUUUCGGUUCAAAAGGAAGAGAAUACAAAGGUGAAAGAAGAGGAAGAAGAAGAAGCAGAGAAGAAGGAAGGAGAAGAAGAGAAGGGUUUAGAUCUUAAUCUUGCAUUGUAGUAAAUUAAUCUUAUUUUUAACUAUUCACUUUCACUUAGGAGUUUGAGAUUAAACUAAUGAAUCUUUCAUUGAAUCCAAA